UGAGGAAGGGAGCCUUGUAAUAUGGACGUCUUCAUAUUUAUUGACCAUGUUGUCUUCAAGAAAAAAUGCUCAAAAGGGCGUGAAUUGUUGUGAUUGGAUUGAGGAGCACAACAAUAUGAAAAAUACAAAGGGUGCAAGUUUGACGUCAGUGCAGCCUAUAGAUGAAUAUGAAGAGGAAGGGGGGGUCGACUUUGAGAUGACAUUGAGGGUGUGCGAUGGGAGUUGAUUCUCUGCUUGUUGAUGUUAGACAGUCACGUAAGAAGGCAAAGCGGCUGCUGCCCGUGUUGAUUACGCCAGCUCUUCUUUUUAUUCUGCAUUCUCUUCUUUUCCGUCCUCCUCUUGGUUUUUUCAGCACCGCUCCCCGAGUGGAUAGCUCUUGCGCUUUGGACCCCUUGGACGCUGCAUGGUCCCUUUAAGGCUUUUAAUGGAAGUAAAACCGAUUGAUGUUCCAAGACAUAUUGGGAGUUUACAACUUCAUCCACAGGAGGAGGUAUCCACGCAGAUUCGGGGCAGGCUGCGCAUCCUCCACAUUCACGCCACGUCCACGGUUCACGGCGACUGACGAUUCCGUGUGUACGCGGGCUUCUUUUCCCCUGCACGCUCGCUCCAAAGGUUUGGUGCGAAAACCGCGAAGCUGUUGUCUACGUGGACCGGUGCCGAAGCCUCCCGUCCGACUGCCAGGGCCUGCGCCAAAGCCAGAGACAUGGCGACAAACGGCACCAAAACGGAUGGCCAAGUGACGGAACUGAACGAGGUGGCCGCCAAUAAUGACAAGCCCAAGUCGCUGGACGUCAAGCCCGAAAAUAAGAAAAAGGAGUUGCCAGACAGAGAAACGUGGGGAGGGAAAUUUGAUUUUCUCCUGUCGUGUGUGGGUUAUGCAAUCGGACUGGGCAACGUGUGGAGGUUUCCAUAUCUUUGUGGCAAAAACGGCGGAGGGGCCUUCUUGAUUCCCUAUUUUUUGACUCUCAUAUUUGCUGGGAUGCCCUUGUUCCUUCUGGAAUGCUCCUUGGGUCAAUACACUUCAAUCGGAGGGCUUGGUGUGUGGAAACUGGCUCCGAUGUUUAAAGGUGUGGGCCUUGCAGCUGCUGUCCUUUCCUUCUGGCUUAACAUAUACUACAUUGUAAUCAUUUCCUGGGCUAUUUAUUACCUGUACAACUCAUUUACCGCUGAACUACCAUGGAGCUCAUGCAACAAUCUAUGGAACACAGAGAAGUGCUAUACAAAUUACUCCAUCGCAGACACCACCAAUCUCACCAGUGCAGUGGUGGAAUUUUGGGAGCGCAAUGUGCAUGAAAUGACCGAUGGCUUGGAAAAACCGGGCCAGAUUCGGGUGCCACUCGCAAUCACGCUGGCCAUCGCAUGGGUCCUCGUCUACUUCUGUAUCUGGAAAGGGGUCGGCUGGACAGGGAAGGUGGUUUACUUCUCGGCUACGUAUCCCUACUUUAUGCUCUUCAUCCUCUUCAUCCGUGGAGUGACUCUGCCUGGGGCAAGAGAGGGAAUUCUGUUCUACAUCACCCCAGAUUUCGAAAAGCUCAAAGCAUCGGAGGUAUGGCUGGACGCCGCAACCCAAAUCUUUUUUUCCUACGGAUUGGGACUGGGCUCACUGAUAGCUCUUGGAAGCUACAACCCAUUCAAUAAUAAUGUUUACAGAGACUCUAUCAUCGUGUGCUGCAUCAACUCAUGCACCAGCAUGUUUGCUGGCUUUGUAAUCUUCUCCAUCGUUGGCUUCAUGGCACACGUGACCAAGAAGGACAUUGCGGACGUAGCGGCUUCAGGUCCCGGCUUAGCUUUUCUGGCCUACCCAGAGGCUGUAACCCAGUUGCCUGUGUCUCCACUGUGGGCUAUUCUGUUCUUCUCCAUGCUGCUCAUGCUGGGGAUAGACAGCCAGUUCUGCACUGUGGAGGGCUUCAUUACUGCUUUAGUAGAUGAAUUUCCCAGAGCGCUCCGAGGCAGACGAGAGAUCUUCAUCGCUGUCGUCUGCCUGGUGUCUUACGCGAUCGGCCUUUCAAACAUCACGCAGGGAGGGAUUUACGUGUUCAAACUGUUUGACUACUAUUCCGCCAGCGGAAUGUGUCUGCUCUUCUUGGUCUUCUUUGAAUGCAUCUCCAUAUCCUGGUGCUACGGUGUGAACAAGUUCUAUGAGAACAUCGAGGAGAUGAUCGGCUACAAGCCUUGCGUGUGGUGGAAGAUGUGCUGGGUGGUGUUCACCCCUCUCAUUGUCGCUGGAGUGUUCUUGUUCAGCGCCGUACAAAUGGUUCCUCUCACCAUGGGAGAAUACGUGUUCCCAGGCUGGGGUCAGGGAGUGGGCUGGCUCAUGGCUCUGUCUUCUAUGGUCCUCAUACCGGGCUACAUGAUUUAUAUGUACCUUGGCCUCAAGGGCACCUACAAAGAGCGACUUCGGAUCAUGCUUCAGCCUCCGGCGGUUGUCAGGCGACCGCAGGAAAACGGACCUGAGCAGCAGCUGGAAACAAACACCGCCAACAUACCCAGCCCCACUAAUCCAGCUAACCCCUCCAGCCCGACCAAUCCAGUCCCGGCCAACCCGGCUCCCGUCAACGCAACCAGCCCCGAAGCGUCUGCGAACCCGGCUCCACCGCCGGCUAACCCUCCGGCUGCCCCCGCUAGCCCUGUGAGCCCAGCAACGAGUCCCACCAUCGUGACCACCAUCACCACAACCGCCACGGGCACGGCCACGGCCACGGCCAGUCCGGCCAACCCACCGACAACAACAGUCAGUCCAACAAUCCCUCCCCCGAACCCAGCGAAUCCAAUGGAGCCCGUGAACCCGCGGAACCCAGCAAGCGUGACCUCUAACCUGACCACUGCCGAGGCCAACGUGUAGACAACAAAGAAACCCUCUUGGAGCAUGUAGACAAAAGAGAACAUUAUAAAGGACUUACUUCCAAGAUUUCAAUUGAUUCACCUACCUCCGAGGGCAAUACCUGAUCGAAAUACAAUAGAUUUUCCAACCAUAUUACAUUUUCUUACAUGUUCAAGCCAACGAUGUCCUGUUGUUGGUUUGCAUUCCGAAUAUAUCAAAGACUGUUAGUGUGCACCGGUACAACCAUAAAUCUGACUAUUAAAAAAAAAAAAAAAAUACAAAAAAUACAAUUAAAUAAACAUACUGUGUAAUACUGUGAGAAAAAAAUAAAAAUAAAUAGAGAUCUAGAUUAGAAAUAUGUUGAAUAUCUUCAUGAAUUCAGUAAAUACCUGUGUGAAUAUAGUAGAUGAAGUAGUGAACAAAAUUGACAUCGCUGACGACAGCAAGGGCUGUGUCAAUUUUUUCGUGGAUGUUUACUAAAUCUCACACAGUUGUCUCUUUUUCAAAACGUUGCACUCUCCACGGCAAACUGAAGGCCAGAGCGAAGUUGAGGAGUUUGUGAGAAAGCACAAUGCCAAUAAGAAGUUCAUGUUUAGAAGUCAGCUGGAGCAAUCCAGUCAUGUUUUGUGUGAGAGAGACUGUUAUUUUCCCCCUUCCUUUUUCCAGUGAAAAAAAAAACAAAAACAACUUUUGUGUGAUGGACACAUUUUUAGAAUUAUUUUUAGGAGGUUUUAUACUCUAUGUUGUUGAUGUGACGGAGGACCAAAUCAAUAGGCAGACAUGCAAAAACUAUGCUGUUUGAGCAUCUGGUUGGCAGAAGCACAGGGUAUGAAGAGGUACAACAACAACAACAAAAAGAACAAAUGUAAAAAAGCACAGGGCGAGAGAAAAUGAUUUACAAAUGCAGACUAUCCCUUAAUCCUGACAGUCAGUGCUGUUUACUAUUUGCAUGAUUUCCUCAGGAACAUCAGUGAAAAUUGUCUGAAAUUCCUGACCAAAAAAAGAUGGCCUUAAGCCAAAACAUCGAUUUUAAGCAAGCCAUGGACUGUUUCCAUGACUGAGCGCAAGAAUAAUGACAACAACAACAACAACAAAAGGACCACAUCAUAUGCUAGCACAAGAACCUGGAUCAAGUCUGUGUUUGAGUCAUGACUUUUCAGUACGUGUAUCAAUCAAUUAUAUUUUGACAAAUACAUGUAUUCAGCAAUACAUAUGUAGAUGUUUAAGCGCAGGCCAGUAAGCAAGUGGUCUGUUUCUCUUCUUGUUUCCGCUGUCUCUUUGCUUUAUUUGUGAAAAGCCCAGACGUUUACCAUAGCGUGCUUAGCACAAUGCUAGUUAGCUUCUGCGGCAGCUACUGCGAGGAACGUGUGGAGGUGUGAAAGUAACAGGUUGACCGUGAAAAGCUAAACAACAAAGUGGAAAUGUGAAAUGGCUACAGUUCAUGUCCUGUGAAAUUUCAUUUAUUUGUAUAAAGUUACUCUACCACAGUUUUCUCUGGAACUUUGUUGUAAAUCCGUACCGUGUAAACAUGUAACUGUGAAUGUCUGUAAUACAUUGGAAGUUAAUGUCUAAAUGUUGAAAAAAAAUUGCUGUUUUCUGCAAUAAUAUUUUGGUCACAGAAGCUAAAGCACAUAUUUGACAGAAAUAUACGGAAGGACGAAAUGACAAUGAAGAUGCCGAUGAUUAUAUUAAAAAAACAGAAACUAUGUCUCGUAAAACACUAUUGUUUUGUAUAUUUUUAACUGUCUCACUGCCAAAUGUAAAUCAUUAUAUAGACAUGAUAUGUAUUUAAAUGGUGUCAAAUGAUAAAGCACGAUUGUUUAUGUUCGACAAAAAGAAAAAGAAUGAAAAAAAUAAAGAGUUAUAGAAAAUAUGA